UCAACAUUUUCGUGCAUCCGUAUGCAGUUCUUUUGUUUGGAGUACCAAAAUAAGUGGUGAUGGCGAGAGAGCAGCUCUUUUCAGCCCCUCUGAAAUUCUCCUCAGCCAGUCAUAAAAUCCGUCAUAUCACAAGGAUGAUACAAAACAAAAAGCAACUUUGAUGCAGUUUAGUUUCAGGUUGAGAAUUCUGUAGAACUUGGGGAACUGAGAACUCUAAGCAGAGGUCUAAAAGAGAACCGCUCUGGUGAGUUUUAGUCCAGAGCGUCCUGCACGGACGAUGGCAAACUUUCAUUUCCAGCUGAUCGUUCCAGUCUCACUUCUAUUUAACUUCCUAGCAGAGUGCAGUGCGGCCUCUGCAAGUCCUGAACCUUUAACAGCAUUCCCAGGAAAAGAAGUAGCUCUGUCCUGCUUGAAUUCCGCCCUGGUGGAGACAAGCUACAGAGGCAGAUGGAUAAAGAAGCUCACGAGCGAGGUUAUUUUUGAGUGGCCAAAUGAGUCUACGCAAACGGAAAAGGUGGAAUGGAAAGCAGAUGGAGACGGAAACAUGUGUGUCUUUCUGAAGAACCUGGAUCAGUCGGAUGAUGGAAUAUACACAGAAGAAGUCUGGAAAGGAUGGGGUGUGGUUCAGAAAAAAGACAUACGUUUAAAAAUAAAAGAUUGUAAUUUCCUUCAGCCUGUGAAGGCUGCACCGGGCUCCACUGCAAAGCUUCAGUGUGAAACAACAUCUGAGUCUUCAAAAAUCAACUGGGAAAAAUUAAAAGGAAAAAAACAAGUCACGACGGCAGAAAAUAUCAAUGGUUCCUUGGUUUUCCAGUCUGUGAACAGCACUGACGGUGGCUGGUACAGAUGCACCUUCAAGCUCAGAGAACGCCAACGUUGCUACGACGUCAACUUGCUCAUCCAAGCAGAAACAAGUUCUGAGGUCACAACCAUUCCAGCUCCCAUGACGACAACCGAUCAAGCACUGGAGGUCACCGAACCAGUCCCGCCUUCAACUUCAAAUCCAUUUGUGGCAUCAAUAGUUAUUGUGACGAUAAUCAUGACUUCUGCACUGAUAGCAUUGAUCAUCUACUUCAAAUCUCAGACCCAAAGACCCCUUCCUCAAUUAAGAAGACAAUCUCCAGUUUACAUGGAUGCCUAUGAGAGUAUCGGUCUUCAUGAUUCACGAGAUGACAGAAAGACAGUCAACAGUUUGUACUACUGUGAGGAGGAAAACAUUUCAACUUUUCAGUACUAGAGGAGUUGCAGUUCCAGAUGGAAACCAAGGUUUUAUCUUUCCUUUUUUAUGCUUAAACACCUAAAAUAUGUAUAUAUGUAAUGAGAGUGUUUUUGAUAUAGGAUGUGAUCAAAUAUGAUUUAAAUCAAAUGAGAACAGUGCUUUUAUCACAAGUUUAUUUGCAUAAGUGAGUCAACAAGCAAUUAUGACAAAUGCUCCAUUAUU